AUGCUCGUUGACAACCAAAUCGUCUGUAUCACUGGCGCCUCUCGUGGUAUAGGUCGUGGCUGUGCGCUCGAAUUCGCCAAAUAUGGUGCAUCGGGGUUUAUCCUUCACUAUCUUGGUGAUGCAGACACCGAGCGUGAAAUACUCGCCCUCAAGGAAGAGAUCGAAGCUUUUCCUCACAAGCCCAAAGUCAUUAUCAUUCCUGGCGACAUCGCUGACCCUGCGACAUCGACCAAGAUCGUCGAUGAAGGCGUUAAAGCUUUCCAGCGAAUCGACACAUUGAUUUCCAAUGCCGGGAUCUGCCCCUUCGCUGAAUUUUUGACGAUGCCUCAUUCGACUUGGGAGCGCACCCGUGCAGUCAACCUUGAUGGCUCCUUCUAUGUCGUCCAAGCGGUCGCAAAUCAAAUGAAGUCGCAGACCCCACAAGGGGGCUCGAUUGUCGGUAUCUCAUCAAUCUCAGCACUCGUCGGAGGUGGACUUCAAUGUCAUUAUACCCCUACCAAGGCGGGCAUCUUGUCGUUGAUGCAGAGUUGUGCGGUCGCCCUCGGAAAAUAUAAUAUUCGCGCCAAUGCCGUCCUCCCUGGUACCAUUGCCACCGAUAUCAAUAAGGAGGACUUGUCUGACGUCAGCAAACGCCAGUACAUGGAGCAAAGGACCUGCUUGGGUCGUCUGGGGGAGCCAUCUGACAUUGCUGGCCCAGCCGUGUUUCUAGCCAGCUCCCUGGCAAAAUACGUGACUGGUGCUGCCUUGCUUUCAGAUGGCGGUCUCUUUUCUAUCUCGACCCCCCAUUUCCUUCAUAAUCAUUCGUGGCGCACGGUCUCCUGCGACUCCAUGAGUCUCAAGGAGAGAAUUGCGGCGAUUCACCACCGGGAACAAACAGCGUCGCCAACACCACCUAUCCAUGGAACUACCCAAAUCCCCAGCUCGUCGUCUGCUGGGACCCUCAAGGCAAAGAUCGCUCAAUUCGAAAGCCAGGGUGCUGUGCCUGUUCCACGCGGGUCUUUUGGACUCGGUGCGCCACCCGAAUCGAAGCCUCAGCAAAGAAGGGAGCUCUAUGGAAACCGUAUGCAACCUGCUCGUCUUCCCAGUGCAGCAUUGGGACUUGCUCGACCAGCCGAGGCAUUCGCUACUCCCGACCCCCGCGCCAUAGCCCUCCCUCCAGAUGACACCGGCCUGUCUUCAGAACCUACAAGUCCCCUUCCGCGCUCAGAAUCCACUCGCAUUCCGUCUUCUUCUUCGAGUAGUAAUGGCAAUGCCCCAAACCCGUUUGCAUUUGAAGAGCUCAUGAAGAAGGCUCGUGCCCCGCAGACAAUCCCAACCACUGCCGCCGCCAAAGCCGUCCAGGAGAAACAUAAACAACAAACAGUGACUAAUCGUGGAACGGAUUUCACCAAGGCUUUAGAGAAAGCACGGAAGGCAGAGGCAGAGGGGAAGGAACGACGACGGAGUGUUCUUCUUCUUCAACCCCAGUUCACUGGUGGUGCCUUAACGCCGCAACAUACUGGAGGAAGCAGCGUUGGCUUGACACCGCAACAUACGGGCGGUAGUCUGAUCAUUGCUCCCCAGACGACAGGCGGCUCAACGCGCCCUUUCUCACCACCCCCGCUAUCUCCUCUGGCAGUUUAUUCACCUCCAAGGUCGCCAAUGUCCCCUCGCGAACAUAGAUUGUCGUUUGGAGCUUCAUCACCGACCACUACUACUCGUCCGCUAUCCUCUUUCUUUUCUCCAGACGAAAGGCCAAUCAUCGUCAUGGAACCAGACGAAAGAGAUGAGAAUGCUGAACCAGUGGGCGAACAGCCUUCAAUAUCCACUCCCGACUUCCGAAUACAACCUCCCUUAGUGCCUGAAUUUCCGAGUGAACCGUCUAAUGAGGUAGACCCAGAACCAGAACUUGUGCUAUCAGAUUCAAGCGAAACCAUGCCACAAUCCGAGGAACUAUCCCUUUCGGAUCCGCAAACAGAGUUGACAGAGGAAGACCCACAACCUCCGCCUGAAAACUCGACCCCUCCUACGGAAAGCCCAAAGCUUCAAGUGGAGAACACGGAUGUCCCUACUUCUCCCACCUCAGGCUCUGACUCUUUCCACGUUGGACACGGUACUGCGUCGCCCGACUCUUUUCAUGCAGGACUGGAUCUUGAUGCUCACCUACGAACGCACGCUCUCACCGGCGAGAGUUUGCCUGUCUCUCAAUCUUCUUUCGAUGACCACGAAGAAGAAGAAGAGCCUGUCUAUUCGCUGGGAGAAACUGAAUAUCUUGCUCCCCUUCCCAACAAUCUGGCUUCGCAUCGGUUCCGAGCGCAUCUGAGCACUAUUACGGAACGCAGUGUGGAACCAGGCAGUCCAGCCUGGGAUACUUCCCGAUUUAGCGUUGGCAGCUCGAGCUGGGGUGAUAAGCGGGCAAGUCGGAGAGAGAGUGCUGGUUAUGGUGCGGUUUUCGAGUAUAUUUACGAGGGCAGAGAUAUGGAAGAAGAGCAUCUGGAGGACGAAGAAGACGUCGUCACGCCGGGAGUGGCAGGCAUCGGCGCUGGCUCCAAUGCCCUGGCUCACACGUCAUUACCCUCGACAACAGCAACAGCCGGUCAUGAUUUCAAGGUCUUACACGCUAGCAGGAGAGACUCAGAUGUGAGGGGCAGAGACGAUGGUCCGCCCUCCCCUUCUCCAUAUCGUUUGAGCUACCUCACCGAUCGGGGCUACACGCCGAGCUUGGGCAGUGAAGAUGGGGAUGACGAAGAUCAACCACAGGCUGAGCUGGAUAUACGAACACCCACCGCAUAUCCUACUGACUUCGAAUCACGGACGCCUACGGUAGGUCUUGGCCCCAAGACACCAGGAAUGGACGGCGUUUUCGGCGCGGCUUCUAACGAGUCGGAAGAAUCCGAGAAAGAAUCAAUAGCACCCCCUCGAAAUUCUUUCCUCUCGACUCGAGACUCAUUACCCCCAACACAACGUGAUUCGUUGUUGUCGACCAAUUCUCGCAACUCCACAGCAUCUUCUGUCUCCUCAUCCGCAAUCCAUGCUCAGGUCCUCACCUUGCGGCCAUUGAGUACCAUGACAAUUGAUAGCGCCAGUCCCAGUCACGUGACUCUUGCCCAUCGAAUCCCAGUCGUUGAUGGCGUAAAAGGCGUCGAGCGUGCUGUCUAUGUCCCCGGCAAUCUUUCUGCUGAAGCGGAAGACGUUCCACCUGCCCGCCCAAGACCGAAUCCGUCUUCGUUGCCGCGGCCAAGCACAUCGUAUGAGGUCAGCCCAACCUCAACUCCAUCCCGGCGGACUGGCAACACAGCUGGUGCUACAUCUAGGCCACACACAACUUAUCUUCUCGACGACGAGGACGACGAUGAUCCGAAGGCAGAGUUUGGGACCAUCUCUUUCGGGACUCAAAAGCCUCUCACCUUCUCAGCUGUCGUCCAUGGCCGUGUGCGGGAGCCUGCACGUGGCCCUGUUCAGCAUGGAGAAAUCGAGAAGAAAUUGCCUUUGCCGCCAACACCAAUGAGCCCUGGUUAUGCGUCCGGCGAUCUCGCUGAGCUCUUAGCAGAGGCAGCAGCAUUAGAGCAACGUCUGGAGCGCGGUGAACUCCCGGCAGAGGCGCUGCGGAGAUUAAGCAGGCUAAGCGCGCGACCCCCACCUAAAUUCUCAGCUCCCCCACCUCCCCUCGUUACACCAUUACCUGUACAUCAACAACAACAAAACGUCGCUCCUUUAAAGCCUCUUCGUUCUAUUCGGAAUCCACUGGGCCGCAGUCGGUCAGAUCGCCGCCCAAGGGACGACCAGGAUUCCAGGCCAAUUGCCUCUGCUUCUAUGGGAAACUUGUUGAGUGAAACCCCAGACCAAGUUGUCAUCCUUCGGACGUCCACAAGCUCAGAUAUACCUCCCACGCCUCCGCCAAAAAGCCCCGGUGCCCGUUAUUUCUCGAGCCUGCGUAGGCUAGCGAGCACAUCCCGCUCUCUCAAUGUCGCUACGACCAGAGGGAGCGUGUCGACUUCGACUGGGUCAGAGUUUUCCAGUGAAGACUCAAUGGGGCUCCAGACUCCGCCAGAUGACCAUCAGGCAGCACUGUCGCCAACUCCAAGCACCAAAGGCAUUGUCUGGCCUUCGCUCAAGUCCAAGAAGAGUGCUGGGAGCUUAGGCAAGAGCGCGGCUUCUCUUGCUGGCAAGAUGUGGCCUCGUUCACGGUCAAAGUCGAGCACAAGCACUACGAGCUCCGUUGACACCGCUCCUUCUCCCCCACCCGUCCCAGUUCCUCCACUGCCAUCACCUCCAGCUCUGAGGCUGGAGCCUCUCCCUCCCUCAUUCGCACCACCACCCCACGAUGCAGACGUUAUUACGCCAGUAUCUCACCCACCAAACACCUCCCUCCCUGUCCAGCGAAUGCCCUCUGGUCGGCCACCAAAUCUGAUACUCCACACUGCCAACGGUUCAACGCAUGAUGCCUCUUCGGGCUUCCUGCCCGCGCCACAAACAGCUCCGGAAAGUAAACGGUCGUCAUGGAUGUCCGUUUCAUCUGCUGGAUCCUCGUCGAUAGCCACAUCGCCGUUGUUUGAUCAGGCUAUUUUCGACGCCUUCCCCUCAGUACCAGAAAUGCCAGCCGGCCCACCACCACCACCAGCUCCUGUUUCGCGCCAACUGCCGAGUCCACCAAGGAGUAACUUCAGCCGCUCCAAUUCGGUACAGUCAUCUCUCAGUGGAUCGUCUGUUCUCCCGCCAUUGCCUACGCUGUCAUAUUCUGACGCCAGUGCUACUUCCACCCCAAGUCAUUCAGAACAGUCGUUCAAGAGUGGUGGUGGGUCAUAUGCUCGCGACAACCUUCUUGCUCGUGUUGCGCAGACACAACGGAGUGUCGAGCCUCUAUGA